AUGAACACAACUGUUAAUGAUUUCAAAGAUUCGUUGGAAAAGCUUUUACAAAAGCAAUAUCGUCAAGAAUCCGAAAUUGACUUUAAAGAACUUCAAACACAUGUCUGUUUUGACAAUUUCAUGAAUCCAGAGGAUAUGAGAGAAUCUUCUGAUUUCUUUAAUGAUCCUACUCUUCUCUCCCACAUUAAACGUUACAAAGAAUCCAAAGAAAAUAAGACACCUCAAAGUCAAGUUAGGAGAAUGAAUGGCGCUGAUUGUGUUAUAAAACGAAAACCACAGGCUAAAUCUGUAGCACCUCAUCGUGUGUUAGCUAAAGAAGAUGAGGCCAUAUAUCUGGAAACACAAAAAGAACUCGAUAAGGAUUCUUAUCUCAAUCCACAAGUACCAAAGCGGCGUGUUUAUCUUGCACAGACACAUGUACCGGCCUUCUUAUUAUCCCUAGGAUCUCCUCAGAAUCAGUCUUCCCCACAAACUUCGUCCUUAGAAAACAGAGAUACAAUAACAAAUGAAACCACAAGCACAACAAAUGAUCGUGGCUCCCUUGACUUCGAGGAGAGAAGCACGGGAUCCGCAGAAAAAUCGCAUUUGGAUUCAACAGGGUCCAAAGUUGCUAACAAUUACAACGAAGACAAUAUCGAAACAAUCGACAAUGAGAUUUCAAUGAUGGAAAAUUCAAGCGUACCAGAAACAGAACUUUCACGAGAAUUAAUUUAUAUGGCUAAUCGUAUAAAAAGAAGUCGAUUACAAACAUUAAGUUUGGAUAGCAAUGCAGAUUUACUUCCUAGACAAUAUAAGCAACUUAAUUAUAUUGCCAUGAAACAAAGGAAUAACAAAGUAUCUAAUGGUGGCAAAAAACCAAAAACCAAAAGCAAAAAAACAAAUGCAUCGGCAGGAACAAAAAAUACACAACCUAAUUAUAUGCACAGUGAUUCUGCCCAAAGCUUGAUUAGAAUUGCAGUUUAUCAUCCAAAGAUUCCUAGUAAAUUGCUCCAAGAAUUCAGUGUGCUUGGAUCUCAAACAUUAGCAACAUUCAAGGAUGCCAUUUACUGUAUCAAUUGCGCAGUAUCAGACGUAGACCCGAAAGACAUUUUUUUAAACAAUAGCGUUAGUCAAAAUACUAAAGAAACAUCAAAAAGCAGCAGCUUUUUUAUCGAAGAUACACUCUAUAUCGACACACGGCCUGAGAAGCUGAAUUUAAAUUCAAAUGACAAAGAUAUCACCAAGCAAGAAGCACUUUAUGCACCAGAAGUAGAAAAUGCUAUACCUAAAGGUGUUAUUCUUCAUCCCAGACAAUCAAUGGAAGAUGUUACUUUUGGUGAGCUCAGACUUCAGCUUAACCAUCCUUAUCUCUUCACAAAUCACAACAGCUGUAGUCACAUGGUAAUGGUACGAGAUAUAAGGCUAUGUGAUUACAUUGAAGCAAUGGAAAUAGAGCAGGGUCCAAGGCUUGAGUACACAUGGAAAUUUGUUCGCUACAAGUGUAACAUGUGUUUGACAUAUCCUGCAAAAUAUAUUACAUUCAAUGAUAUCUUGAGUGGAACAUCACCAUGCUACUUUUGCGAAAAAUGCUUUGGUCCGUUUCAUUUUGAUAAAGAUGGAAAUAAGACUUCAAGUUUCCAAUAUAUUCCAUACAAUGGCAUAUAA